AUGAGUAAAUCGCCCGUGUUUCAGAAGCCUCCCGAAGGGCAUGGAGACGUGCUACGCUGGAGAGAUUUCUAUGUGGCAACUCUUGAGAAGACUCAGCUCAUUGCAAAGGAUUUUCCUGAGCUGCGCAUCCACUUCUGGCCCGACUUAUUGGGAAAUGAUUUGAAGCCAUGUCUGAUUCUGCAUUCACCUUGCAUGUGA